UUCUUAAUCUGUGAUAUUCUACUCUAGAAAUCAUAUUUGGUUUGCUACAUGAGUACACUAUAAUUUGUACGGUAUUUAAGUAAAUUAGGUAUUUAACUAUAUUUUAUUGAAAAAUUAAAAGAUUUAUUGUAUGGCCGAAAUUUGCUGCAAGUGCCAAGUGUUGUCAAUACUAAGAGUAAUACAACGUCAAUAUCAUAAUAAUAUUUUUCUCCAACUUGACAUACGAAAAUUGUCACAGUUACAAAAAAUUUAAAUGUUGCGUUGGCAAACAGUAAAGUGUUAACAGCAAUGAAGUUAUUGACGUAGGAAGUGUUAAACAUAAUAUAUACAAGACCUAUAUUGUUUUAUUGUACGAUGUGGCGCGGGGCGCGCGGGCGGGCGUUGGCGGCGCUGGCGUUGGUGGCGGCGGGCACGCUACUACUGCGAGCGUGGCGCAGUGGACCCGAGGGUGCGAGACGUACGGCCGGAGCGCCGGUGGAGGGCCGAGAGCUACCACUCAUUUUCAUCGGUGGAGUACCGCGCUCGGGCACGACGCUGAUGCGGGCGAUGCUGGACGCGCACCCGGAUGUACGCUGCGGGCAAGAGACUCGCGUGGUGCCCCGUAUCCUACAAAUGCGCCAGCAUUGGGUUAAAUCGCAGCGAGAGAGCGUGCGUCUAGAACAGGCCGGCGUGUCCAAGGCGGUGCUGGACAACGCUAUCGCUGCCUUUUGCCUCGAGGUUAUCGUGGGCCACGGCGACCCGGCGCCUCGCCUUUGCAACAAAGAUCCACUGGUCUUGAAGAUGGGCACUUAUGUGUUACAACUGUUUCCCAAUGCUAAGUUUGUAUUCAUGGUCCGUGACGGUCGGGCCACGGUGCAUUCCAUCAUAACUAGAAAGGUGACGAUAACGGGCUUCGACCUGACGAGCUACCGCCAGUGUCUGACCAAGUGGAACCAUGCGGUGGAGCUCAUGUACCAACAGUGCAAGUCCUUGGGCCCGGCCCGUUGUCUGCUCGUGCGCUACGAAGCGCUAGUGCUGGCGCCGGAGACGACGCUGCGCGCCGUGCUGGCCUUCCUGGAGCUGCCGUGGAGUGAAGCUGUGCUCCACCACGAACGCUACAUUAACCGGCCGGGUGGAGUAGCGUUGUCCAACGUGGAGCGCUCGUCGGACCAGGUGGUUCGGCCUGUCAACCUGGACGCGCUCGACAAGUGGGUGGGCGCGCUGCCGCCCGACGUGCGUGCCGAAAUGGCCGACCUGGCGCCUAUGCUCUCCGUGCUCGGCUACGACCCCUGGGCCAACCCGCCGCGGUACGCCUCGCUGCCAGGCCUACCCGACGACAAACGCACGCAGCCGCCGUGAACCGUUUACUUUUAAUAUAUUUCGUUCUCGAU